AUGCCGCGCAAAGUGCUCAUCGGUUUCGGCGUGGACGUGGAUGCAGUAGCCGGCUGGUUGGGCUCCUACGGAGGCGAAGACUCCCCUCUGGACAUCUCCCGUGGCGUGUUCGCGGGCGAAGUGGGCACGCCUCGGCUCCUGAAGCUGUUCGCCAAGUACAACAUCAAGACGACAUGGUUCAUUCCCGGCCACAGUCUAGACACGUUCCCCGAGCAGAUGGCUGCGGUGCGCGAUGCCGGCCAUGAAAUCGGUUUGCAUGGGUACUCGCACGAAAACCCGGUGUCGAUGACCUUCGAGCAGCAGCUCGACAUUCUUAACCACACUCACGAGAUGCUCACCAAGUUCUGCAACGGCGUGCCUCCCAAAGGCAGCGUGGCGCCCUGGUGGGAGACCAGCAAAGAGGGCACGAUGAUUUUGUUGGACAAGGGCAUCGAAUACGAUCACUCGAACAUGGCUCAUGACUCCCAGGCCUACUACUUGCGCGACCAGGACCUGUGGACGAAGAUCGACUACCAGGCCAAGGCCGAAACGUGGAUGAAGCCGCUCGUGCGUGGCAAAGAGACUGGGCUGGUCGAGAUCCCGGCGAAUUGGUACCUUGACGAUUUGCCGCCGAUGAUGUUCAUCAAGUCGAGCCCGAACUCGCACGGCUGGGUGAACGCACGUGAUGUGGAGCAGCUGUGGAAAGAUAUGUUCACGUACCUAUACAGAGAAGAAGAGAAUUUUAUCUUCCCAAUCACGAUCCACCCGGAUGUCAGUGGACGGCCGCACGUCCUCCUGAUGCUCGAGCGCUUCAUCGAGUGGGUGAACACGCACGACCACGUGCACUGGGUGCGCAUGGCCGACAUGGCCGCCGACUUCCGCGCACGCGUCCCGCCCCCGCCCGGCGCGCGGAUGCCCGCCGGCUACGACGACUCCACCGCCGGCGCGGCCGUUUGA